AUGUCAAGUAAAGCGAAGACAAGCGAUGCAAGCAUAUGCACUGAAAGCUAUCUUGCAAAGAUAUACAUUAGCCAGCCAAUCUCUCUUCCAGAUGACAUCAGCAGGUAUGUUCUUAAUCCAAUGAAUGUGGAGGGAGAGAUUGCAUACUUGGAAAAGUACGUAGAGUCAAACGAUGUUGACCUCACAAGAGUUGUGUUCAUCAUCGAAGUGCUUGGAAAGUGUGUCCACAAGCAUUCUGAGUUUAGGAUGUACAUGAAUGUUGUAACAAAAAUACUUGAGAAGUACAAAGACUACCAGUACUCUGUAUUCUGUUUAAGGAUCAUUAAGCUGGUUGUAUCGUCAAAGUUCUACACGCCGAUCUCAUUCUAUCUGAUAAGGAUACUCAAGGAUGCAAUAUCCUCGCGUAACAUUGUUGCAUCUCAUAAGAAAGUGAGCUACGACUCAAUCAAGCCAAGCCCGGAGAGAAUAAAGAGCGAAGAACACCAGAUGUUUGUGAUAACCGAGGCAAAUGCCCUACUCGUCAUGCACCUGUCCACGUUCUCGAAGAAUAUUGGGUUUCCAGAGCUUGCUGCUGUGGUCAUCAACGAGUUGAAAAAGCUAAGAAUCGGCAUAUACAGGGAAAUGAUCGAAAAUAUAAUAUCAUGCAUCGCAAAGCAGAGGGAAUAUGUCAUUGAGAAACGCAAAAAGCUGAAAUUAAGCGGAAUCGAUGGAAAAGCGAUUUCAUUGUUUGAGAGCACUAUUGAAAAAACACUGCAGUAA